AGUAAGAUAAAUAUGGGGCAUAUAAUCAUCAAAUCAAUUACAACACAACUAAUUUAUCAAUUUAAAUUGUAAGACUAAUUUCACGUUUAAUCCGAUUAUAAUUCUCAAAUCAAUCACAACACAACGAGUUAAAAGAACUCCAUAAAAAAUAAAACUAAAUCGGGCGAAUCUGGGCCAGGGCAGAUGACACUACCGAUCACGGGCUUCUUCACUCAACAAAUUGGGAAGCACAAUAUUAAUGGGCUUUUAGGACAAACGACAAUCCUCGCGGAGUUAAGCCCAAGCCUGUUGAGAAGGAAUGAGCCUUUUUUUUCAAGCAGUUCAAUCUUAUCCGGUUCUAUUGAGCAGAAAGGAUAGAGAGACGAACCAGGAAAUAUAUAGCGAAGGAAGACAGCGAAAUUUUUUGGGAUAGUGAGGUGAACAGGGAAGGAAGGAAGGAAACUCACCCCAGCAGGAAGAAACCAUGGCGAUGCAGCUACAUGGCUCCUCCGCCAUUGUUUUACCAUCACCAUCUUCUUCUUCGUGGGUAAAUCCUAGCAGCAUUUGCAGCUGUAACAGCAGCAGCCCCUUUGUGGUCGGAUUCUCUGUUCCGCCAUCGAAAAGGUCGUCGCAGCAUCGGCGGACGUCGUCAUUGGUCGUUGUUGCUUCCCAGAAGAGUGCUUUCAACAUGGAUUACAAGACGACGAGGGAUUUUAGGGAUUUCAGAAUGGCGUUGAAGGAAGAGGAGAAGGAGGAGAGCAAGGAGAGAAAGGAGAAACCCCCUCAUAUCCCACUCGACCAACGCUGGAUGUUCGAAGAAUCUGAACUCGACGGUCCUGACAUUUGGAACACGACUUGGUACCCAAAAGCAGCUGAUCAUGUGAAUACAGAGAAGCCAUGGUUCGUUGUGGAUGCCACUGACAAGAUUUUGGGAAGGUUGGCAUCGACCAUUGCUGUUCAAAUCCGUGGCAAGAAUUUGGCCACCUACACUCCUAGUGUGGAUAUGGGCGCAUUCGUCAUUGUGGUAAAUGCAGAGAAAGUUGCUGUAUCAGGGAAGAAGAGAACCCAAAAGUUAUAUAGGCGGCACUCUGGAAGACCAGGUGGUAUGAAGAUAGAGACAUUUGAUCAGCUGCAACAGAGGAUUCCUGAGAGGAUCAUUGAACAUGCUGUUCGUGGGAUGCUUCCUAAAGGAAGGCUUGGCAGAGCAUUGUUCAACCACCUUAAAGUUUACAAGGGCCCGGACCAUCCUCAUGAGGCACAAAUGCCAGCUGAGUUGCCGAUUAGGGACAAGCGAGUGCAAAAGCAGAGCUAGAUUUUUGCAGCUUAAGUGACAAAUUUCAGAUGGUAAAGCUUUGAGCAAUUGCUAGUCGAAUGUGGUCAAGCAAUUAGUAGACUACUGCUGUGUUGUUUGUUUGAUGUAUGUAGUUUGCUGCAGGCUGUAGCAGAUGUUUAAGUGCAGUUUGGUUGGUUCAUGUAGGUUGAGGUCGUUGUUUGUAUUUACCAAAUGAAUCUACAUUGUAUUUUGCCUUACAACACAAGGUAACCUUACAUUGGAUCAGAAAGAUGAGAUUUUUUUUGGCUUACCGGUGGAAGAGUCAGAUCGUCUCGACCAUUUCAACAACCGCAGAAUCCAAACCUCCCCUGACGAGAAAUAACAGGGACGGACUGACUGUUGCAGUGUUACUGACGGAAAAACAUUACUCAGCCUCAUUCGUAAGGCAAUCAUUCACAUCCUUUCGAUUCGGAUUCCGAAUUCCAAAUUGAGUUCUACUAUAUCUAUACAAAACACAUUGUUUCGUUUCAAGUUGUCAUGAAAACAAGCCAUAGUUAUAUAUUUAAUUAACACGCGACAUUCAAAGGUAUAUUACUUAAAAUACUUUUGUGUAGAUGGAGGUGUUUAUAUUUUAACAGCCAUGCCCCUGCCGGAUGUUUAUACAAGUGAAUGAAUAGUAUUUAUUUAAUUAACACGCGCCAGGCAGUAUUACCGGUUAAUCAAUAGCAAAUAUCGAGAAGUUGACAUUGUAGUUAAUAGUUUCAAAAAUAAAAUAAAAAAUAGUUAACACAUGUGCAUGUUUUUCAAGGAGGAACAGCUACAUACCCAUUACCCAACCAUCAUUUAAUAACUCGAUUCUUUCCCUAUUUAUUGAGCUAACAACGAAAGCCUGCAACUGGAUACGACGACGACUAAGCUCAAGAGGAAGAGGAGGAAGAAGAGUGUUGUUAGAAAUGUCGGGAUCGGAGGCUGGAGGUUCUCUUGCAGUUCCUAACGUUCAGCAGCUGGCUUCCAGCUCCAAGGACGUGCCGAUCAGAUACAUACGUCCUGAACUCGAGCUCGAUCAAGUUUCCAAUGAUGAUUACUCUCAGAUACCAGUGAUUGAUAGGUGGUGGUCUUGAUGAUGACGAAUCGGCUAAGUUGCACUCGGCCUGCAAAAAUUGGGGAUUCUUUCAGGUAUGACUCGCUAGCCAAAAUCGUUGAUACUUUUCCAUAGCAACUCAGUUCUUGAAUGAUGGAUUUUAUAUAUAUGUGGAACAUGGUUUAAAUUUCAUGGGUAAUUGUUGUGGCGGAUUCCAUCUUUGAUUUUGGCUUUUCACAGCCAAAAUAAAAGGGUAUGCUGAACAGACCAAGUUUAAAGUCUUGAUGGUAAUUAGAUGGUAUUAUUUAGUGUUGACACCAGGGUACUGUAGACACCCCAUUUUGUCCGGGUCAAUUACUCAACUAUAAAUUCUAAUUAAUCUUUAAAUGUCAU